AUGGCACGACGCAUUGACCAAAACCUGGUUUUCUCGUCCAUGUUUGGAUACUUGGUUUGGCUAACGGUGGUUUCUGUCGUUCACGCUGACGGUCGUGUGUUUCUAUUGGACCAGAGAAACACGUCUGACUCUGGGGGAUUGGCCGAGGCAGAACAUGCGUGUGCUGUCCAUGAGGCCCGGCUUGCGUCGACCGAGGAGCUGCGUCACGCCGUGGUGGAGUGUUCCUUCUCUGCCUGCACAAGAGGAUGGCUGGAUGGGGGCUUCGUGGGGACUACAGUGUGCAGUAAUCAGGGCAGUGCUCUGAAGGCAGUGGAUGUGAAGAUAGAGAACGCUACAGAGGACAACACACACCUGGAUGUGUUCUGUGUCAAAGACAAAGGUGGACCAUGUGACGAUCCCCCUGCGUUCCCCAACACGCGUCUCCAGGGCCACACAGGGUUUGAGAUGGGGGACGAGCUGCUGUACUCUUGUCUUCCUGGUCAUGUGAUGCCCAACGGCCACUCAGCAUUCAGCCUGCUGUGUGACAGCUGUGGAGAGUGGUAUGGACUGGUACAGCUUUGUAGCAAAUACAAGACAGAGACACACAUCGACUAUGAAGAUAAGUUCACUGAUCACGAUCACCACCUCUCCUACGACACCCCUGCAGAGGAGGAGAACACAGAGGAGGAGAACACAGAGGAGGAGAACACAGAGGAGGAGAACACAGAGGAGGAACUGCUAGAGGAGGAGGUGAACACAGAAGAAGAGGAGCACAGCGAUCAGGAGCAACAAGAGGCCAGCUUCAGUGUGGAGGGAGAAGAGGAGGAGGAGGUAGGAGGAGAGGAGGCGGCAGGAGGAGAGGAGCAGUCUUUGGGAGAGGAGGAGCAGCAAGGGGAGGAGGUGGGGGGAGGAAUGAAGGAAGAGGUGGAAGAGUCGACAGACCCUCCCGUUGAGAAGGAGGAGCAGGUGGAGGAGAUGGGCGUGUCAGAGGUGACUGAGGCGCCAGUCUCCCUGAUAUCUCAGAAGCACCUGUUCUGGUUCCCCUCAGAGGCCAUCCAGGAGGCGGGACAUGUGGAACCCACCCACCCGCUAGUCACACAGGACACACACACUGAGGGGGACAACCGUGUCAGGUCCUCCGGCAGCGAAUUAAUGGAGAGCAAGCAAGACGACAGCCAACCGGAGGAGACGAAGGAUUAUGACAGCCAUGAGGGUCACUUCCAACAACCAAUUGACCCCGUUGACCAUGAUGACCAUCGCCACGAAGAUCAUGAUGACAACGAAGAUGACGUUGACCAUGAACAUAUUGACAGUGAACAUGACGAUCAACGUGAACGUAACCACUUUGACCACGACGGUCAAACAGAUCCUGGCCACGAUGAAAGCUCUGAGGGUGAAGACCAUGUCGUUGAACGCCUUGACCACAAUGAUCAUGAUGACCAUGAAAGCUAUGGCAGUGAAGACGCCCACCGUGAGGACCAAGGAGAACACGAGGAGGAUGACCAUGAGAAGUCUGGUCGGUACGAUGACGUGGGCGAGGAGCAUUACGACGUGGGUGAACACGAGGAGGAUCAAAACCACGGUGCACAUGAUGACCACGAAGACCACGAAGGUCAUGACCGCGGUGAUGUAACCGAUCACCAUGACGACCACGGCCAUGUCCAUGAUCACCAUGAUGAAGACCAGAGUGAACAUGAAGAUGAUCGUAGUGACCCUAACAGUCACGGCCAUCACUACGACGACCAUGAUUAUGAUGACUAUGUGAUCCCCCCCGUCGGCAUGACAACAGGCGAGCCUCAGAAUGUAACUCAUGAGGAGACGGGAGCAAAACCCACAGACAGCUCAGACGACGAGACCUGGUUGGACGGCCACCCUGUUAGUCAGGAGGAGACCGACGCUGAUAAAGUGGGCGGUGGAUCCUCAGAGGAAGGGGUGGAGCUUGAGGAGGAAGAGAAGGGUGUUGUGGUUGUCGGGGUGACUGACCGGCCCAAUGAGGUGGAGUUGAGUCGUCCCACCCCGUUCACUGGAGUCCCCCAGGUCCCCCUGUUCCCCACACAGGGGGCGAACCCUGUAGAGCAGGAUCAGGACCAGGGCUUGGUGGGAGGACUCAUCCCUACAGCCUCACCCGACCUACCUCUCUCCCCCGAGGCCACGGCUUCAGAUUCACAUUCAGCCGACUACGCCACCCCCUCUUUGACAUCAUCACUGGAUGACGUUGCCUCCGGCAACACAGCCAGGCAUUCUCCCACAGACUCCUGGGAAACCAUGGAUCACGUGCACCCUUUCCUGGAGCACGGCCCCGUCCCCACAGCGUGGACUGAUGACGUCAUCGACGAGGAGGAACGUUCGGCCCAGCACAACCUGACUCGACACAGCGAGGAGAUGGAGGGGGCGAGCGAAGGUGAGACGGGGGAGACAGGGUGUACUGGGGGUGAGGAGGACUGCCCUCCUCCCCCUCCUCCCUCCUCCGGCAAGAGUUCCACGGUUGCAGCCAUUGUGGUUGCCGUGUGUGGGGUUGCCGUGGCAGCCACCAUCGGGGCGUGGUGUUACCGGCGGAAACAGCAGAAGAGCUCGAUGUACGAGAUGAACGGGAAGGGUCAGAGCAGACAUGGACAACAGAUAGAGAUGCAACAGAAAGUCUAAGAUAAAGAGAGAGA